AUGAAGUUCGACAACGCUGCUGUCCUCGCCCUCGCGGCGGGCGCCUCUGCCCAGAACAUGUCCAUCUGCGACAAGUACACCACCGCCCUGUUGAAGGAGAACACCGCGAUGAACCAGCAGACCCUGCUCACCCUCGUUGUCAACACCGCCGUCAUUGGAAACUACACCAAGCCGAAUGUCGGUAUCGCCGUUCCCGGUCUCCUUGCUCCAGGUACCGGCAAGUACGCUGGAGUCAACCUCCUCCCAUACUUCAACGGAAUGCUCGCCUCCACCAACAGUGGCGGCAGCAUGGGUAUCUCUGUCAACUUCCUGGACGGCGGCGGUGCCACUCCUCUCAUGAACAACACUGCAGCCAACAACACGAGCUCUGCCCAGUAGUAAGUUUUUGCCAAGAUCGCCUGGCGCGACCUGCCUUCUAACGACUGCAUAGCCGCCUGCUCACCCACCUCUACGAGUACUUCGGAUACCUUCUCGGCUGCAGCCAGUUUGGUAUGACCACCAUGCCAUACGCCGGCAGCACAAACAUGUACCAGGUCCACAAGUUCAUGGCUCUCGACGUCAACGAGGUCGGCUGGUUCAUCCAGAACGUUGGUUUGUCAGCUGCCUCCUUCGGUGUCUCCAACGACGAUGUCAUGGCCGUUGGCACGGCGCUCAACAACGCUUUCGGAUACCGCUGCAGCCCGGCAAUGAGCAUCCCCAAGACUGCUACUGCCGAGCCCCAGUCUAUCUGCAUUGCCGUAAGUAUCCCCUGGACAGAUGUGCCGGGAAAGAAGAGCUAACGAGGUUGCAGGACGACUGCCCAAUCUCCCCCAACGCUACGUGCUCUCUGUACUCUCCCGUUGUCAAGCCGAUGAAGGCCAACAGCACCACUUCCGGCGCAGGAUCCACGGCCUCCAGCGGCGCCAUGUCAAGCAGCAGCGUCCAGCCAUUCACUGGUGCCGCCAGCUCCUUUGCGCCUGUGGGUGCCACCCUCGCAGCGGCCGUCUUCGGUCUUGCAGCCUACCUGCUGUAA